GAAUGAUUCUAGUGUGCACCUGUUCAGCUUCAGUACACACCUGUUACCUCAGCAUCACCUGGUUCAUCUGGAGAAAGAGAACAGCAUGAUGGGGUUUUAUAGAGAGGUUUUCAUCCUCUCUUUACUAGUCCAGUUGGCUGCAGUAAUGUCCCAAGAUAUGAUGGCAUCACACAUGCUUAAUAGUAACCAGUCAACAAUAGGCUUUCCAAGACUACCUGCAGACUUUAGGGAAAUGGCCAAGAAACUGAUGAUCACAUGCUCCAACAAAGGUUACCAAAUGCCUGCAAUGAACUACACACAGAACAGCUCUCAUGCACAGAUGAUGGAGAGUCCUGUGCCUGUGUUUUUGGAGCUUCUCUCCUCAAUGCCUCUCUCAUCUCACUCUCGCCCCAAUAUGAAGCCCAAUGACACGGCAGAGGAACAGGAAAUGACUAGGAGCUUUGCUGAGAAGAUGCGGAACUGCACCAACAUGGGCCAUAUGAUUGAGUUCAUGAGGAAUGCUACGGAGGGUUCUCGUUGUUUCAUGCGGGCUUUCUUGGCACCACUUUCCUGGACAACCAUCAUGCAGAAUGGAACAGAUCUUCUUAAAGAGGACCUAACAAAGCUUUUAUGGGCGGCUAAACCUUUUUUGGAAACAAUGCCUCCAUCUAGCUUUGUGCUGCCAGCUUUUACACAAAACUCUCAACUGGCUGAAAUGAUGAAGGUGUUUAGUGAGGUGUUUGCUGUUCUGUCUGAGCAACAGAAGAAUGAAAUCAUAGGAUGGGUCAAAGAGAGAAAUGCACAAAAUGAAUUUAAUUGCCAUCUGAGAGCUCCCACCACCACCAGUAGUCAGCAGGAAAAACCUGCCAAUCAAAGUGGCCUAUUGGUCAAGAUGAUGGAUAUGAUGAGCAAACCAAGUGCUGAAGUGGCUAAACCUUCUGUGAUGAACGUUUCAACACCAGUUCAUACUGUUUGUCCUGCCAAAAUGCUCUGGCUGAAAGCUAGAAUGUUGUCAAUGAUGGGACCUUUUCUGUCCAGCCUUCCCAUCGAGGAAGUAAAAAACAUCCCAAAAGAAGAGCUAUGUGAUUUUUUCAGGACUCCAGAUUUCCCUCCAUCAUUUCAGAAUGUUACUGGAAUGAAACCUGUUCUGGGUCGGACACUUUUCCAGCGUUUGAAACAAGAGUGUUCCAUCAGCGACAAUUUCACUCAGAAUGUGGACAGACUAGGCUCUCUGGCUUGUUUCUUUGAUAGCGCACCGUCUCUGAAUCUGACUUUUAGCAGAAAACUGCUGUCUCAGAUUGAUGCCUGCAGCAACCUGGAGGUAGACAAGGUCAAGAGACAGCUGGUACAGAACAUUCUGGAGAAAGAUGACAGCUCCUCCUCUGAGCUUCUUCAGUCUCUGGGGUCAUCAGUGUCUGCUCUUCCUCUCUCCAGACUGUCCCGCUUCAGCCCAGAGGACCUGAACAGCACCCUCAGCACCCUGAGUCAGGUCAAAUGGAGUCCAGCUCAAGCUACAGCUCUGGCAAAGAAAAUGCUGGAGACUGCCAAGAAUGUAAGUGGUGAGAAGCUGCUGUCUCUGGGUUCAGUGGUGAGAGGGGUUGCCAGUUCCCUCCUCAAAAAUGUGAAGACAGAAGGUCUGCUGGGAAACAAAGCCCUGGGAAAUAUGACUGAGAAAAUGUCCUCCCUGCAGAGAACAGCACUGCUGAAUGCGUUUCGUCGUGAUGUGAAUGCAUCUGAACUGGUCAAAGGGUUGCCAGAUUCCCUCCUUUCAUCUUUGUCUCUGUCCAUUUUGGAGAAGGCUGACCUGGGCUCUGUGGAUCAGCUUAAGGGACGAGGCUGGACUCGUGCUCAGUCAGUUUUCCUUUUGAAGAAGAUGAUGGGGAAUAAGAUCAACCUUGGCGAAUUAGGGAAACUGGGUCAGUCUGUGCAAGGUGUCACCUGUGAAAUGCUUGAGAAAUUCAACCGAACUGAUGCAUUGCAAAUGUCACAGGAGCUUAACAAAUCCUGCAUGUGGCUCUCCAGGACUCAGAUCCGCUGUGCAGCUCAAAAGCUCUUUGCGAGUCUGGAGGCACAGAGAGCAGGAUAUUUCAAUGACAUUAAAAACGCUGAGCUUCAGGCAAUCCCAGCUGUGCUGCUCAUCAAUCUACCAGUGGAGAAGAUUCAAAACCUGUCAGAUGCUGUGUGUCCUGCUUUCAUGGAGAAGAUGAAGGAUGUCAAUCUGUCCUCUCUGCCCAACAGUUCUCCAGCUCGCAGCGCACUUACUAAAAGAGCCAUCGGCUGCUUGAAGGGGAACGUGUCUAAUCUGACAGCCACAGAGGUCUUGACUCUCGGCCCUUUGGUGUGUGAACUGGACCCAGUCUGGAUCUCUUCUCUGAACCCUACGGCUCGCAACGCCACACUGCAGGCUCUGGCAUCCUGUCAGUACAUCCAGCAACAGAACAGACAGGAUCUGUUUAAACUGCUUAUCGCAACCUAUGGGGAUCCUGCUUACUGGUCAGAAGAAGACGUCAGGGCAAUUGGGCCACUUUUGUUUCUUAAUGACACGGCUGUUGAGAAGCUGCCAUCCAAAAGUUGGUUGAAGUUAUAUCUGUCAGAGCUGGACAGUUUGUCCAGUCAGCCUGUGGUUCCUCCACCAAAGGAAUUCAGCUCCUGGUUUGAUCUCGCUGCACUCCGCCAACUUUUUGAGCUCAAAACGAGUAGCGCUCUACUAAGCCGCAGGAAGCGUGCAGGUUUGUGUGCCACAACAGAGCUUACUCUUGCAAAUAUUGAGGACUUAAAACAGGGGAAUGUUUACUGGACUGCCACUCAGUUUAGCAAAAUGGCUGUGCAAAUCUAAGAUGCUGUGCCAACAUUAGGAGAGAUAAACAACUACAGCACAGAACAACUAACUGCACUCAAAGCAAAACAAAAUCGUGUCUAUGGUGUGUUACAGGCAUGGGGUUCUGUGUCCAUGUUGAACGAGUCCCUUAUUUCUAAUCUUGGCUGCAUCUGCCAGAGCUUUAGCGCAGAAGAGCUUGGAAACCUCAGCAUUGCCUCGCUGGACACACUGGAGAUACUGGCCAACUGUAACUUCACACAGACACAGCGGGCAGCAAUCUGGCAGGCUUUUCAAAGGGCGACUGGAAUUAAUGUGUCUGGUCUUGGAGAGAUGGAGACAGCUGGUCUGGGACAGUUUAUCUGUGGUCUACAACCUGCCCAGAUUGAUCAGCUCAAUCCUCUCAGCUUUAGGGAAGCAGUAGAGGCGGUGGGUCGCACUUCAUGUCCACUGAACAUUUUGGAUCGUCUCAAGGAAAAGGCAGUGGCUGUGUUUGGAAAGCCAGAGAACUGGACUGAAGCUCAUACCUGCAUAAUGGGGAACAUCAUUGCUGGUUUAAACGCUGUUGAGAUCAGCCGUCUAAAUUCAACCAUCUUGCCAUUCAUUCAGCCUUCUGCAAUUCCUCUCAUACCCGUGGAUCGUUUGGCUGCGCUGUCAGUCAGCCAGCUGAAGGCCUUGGGUCCUGAUAAUGCUGCGAUGGUAACAGAUGCUCAGCGCGGGGGGCUGAAAGUGGAUCAGAGGGCUGCGCUGGAUGAAGCGGUGGGUUUGAAGACCGCACGUGCUGACGUGCCCACUGGAACCGCCAAUGGAAACUCCACUGGAAACUCAAAUCCAAGCUCUGGUGGAUCAGGAGCACAGCCACUGAAAGGAGGCGCCACAGUAGAGACCAUGGCAGGAUCCGUCCUCCUCGUGCAGGUCAUUGUGCUGGUGUUGAUCGGAUAUAUUUUCUAAAGUAAGGAAGGGUCAAAGGUUGAAACACUCAGAGGCUGAUGAUCAACCAGUAAUGCAGUAGAUUAGCGUCUGGCCUUUUAAGAAAUGUUAUGAUUGCUAUAUUCAAAGGUCAUUGAUGGCUCAUUUAAACUCAUGCUAAAGCCAAAGAUAGUACGAUAGAGAUGGUGGUUUGAUUAAAAACUUAGUCUAGCCCAUCUUUAACUAUUGAAAUGUAUUUUAGAGAGAAACUAUAUUUGAUAAUACUGCUAUUUAGAUCAUUUCAAAUGCAAAUGACCUGCUAUUAUUCUAUGAGAGACAUUAAACACUGUGCACAAAUCAUUAUAAUGUAUCAAAGGUGUAGUUUUACUACCAAUUAUUGAAUUCUAGUCAAAUGUUUGUAUAUAAAAUGGUGGUUUUCAACAUUUUUUUUGCAGGAAACCCCUAUAUGAACUUUCAAAUUCCUUAAUGAACACUCAGAUGCUUAAUAAAAAUCU